GUUGUUAUUUGUUAACUCUUUGAUCAGUUAGGAUGAUGGAAAGUGGUAAAAAAUGCUUUAUGAUAAACGACGAUUAUUUCAUGUGCGUUAUUUGCACUGAAUAUUGGCUGAAAAGGGAUCCUCGUAUCCUUCCUUGCCAACAUAUAUUCUGUAAGGAAUGUAUAGAGGGAAUUUGGAAAGCUUCCGGUAGAAAAAGUUAUAUAUCUUGCCCUAGUUGUAGAAGGUCUGUUCGUUGGCCAGAUAGCGGUAAGGACGGCUUUCCAAAAAGUAGAAUUGUUUCGAACGUUAGCUUUCCUAAUGGCGAAGGCUUAGAUGAUACUGAAGAAGAGGACGAAGAAGAUCAUGAAAACGAAGGCGAUAGAAUUAAAAAAGAAUCCUGCUUUAUGCAUAAAAAGGAAAUAGAAUUAGUUUGUUUAACUUGUUCCGAUGCAAAGUUAUGUCGGCUGUGUUGGAAUAAUCAUCAAAAUCAUAAACUAAUGCCCCUAAUGAGCUAUAAUGAUAAUGAAGAAUUUCGCGAGAAAUGUCUUAGCAUGUUGUCAAAUGCUCAAGACCAAUGUAAUGAGUUUUUAGAUGCCCUUGUACAUAAAACGAAAGAAAUUGAGAAUAAAAUGGCCGAAUGUAUUCAAGAAGCUAAAGAAGAGAUAUUAGAUAAAUGGUAUAGAAAAGUUGAAGAUACUCAUUCAAUGCUCGUUAAAUUACAAACAAAUGUUAUCGAUAAGAAAUUAUUUAUUCGCCGUAAAAGCGAUAAAGUAAACAAUGAUUUCCUAAAGAUUAUUCAAGAAGAGAUUGAAAAUCAAAUUUUCGAUCUCGAAUUUCCAAAUGAUGAUUUAAGGCAAGUAAUGAUUGAUUUUUCCGAUCGUCUAUUUCUAAUUAUGGAAAGAGGUAGUACGCUUGAACAAUAUAUUGAUUUUAACCCUUUAAUAAAUGGUUUUGAAAAGUUUAUAUUAAGAGAGCAACUAUCGGACAAUGAAUCAGAUGAUAACGACACAAUUGACGAGGAUUGCAUAACAGUGAAAUCAGAAAUCAAAUUAUCUAAUUUAACGAAUGUACACGUACUAAUUGAAUAUUUAAAUUCAAUUUAUAUAAGUAUUACCGAAACGAAUGGUGGCAGUUAUCUAUUAAAGUUAUCAUCUAGAAAUUACAGUGUUGAACAGAAGUUUUUAAUGCCUAACGUUGUUACAAAGAUAUUUAUAUUACGUAAUGAGAUAUUCUUAUGUUCAUCGGAUGGUAUUUAUACCUUAAAUUCAAAAAGGAAGGAGCCAGUAUUUAAAAUAGAUAACGUUAUUUCUGCUUGUACUUUGGAUGAUAAUACAAUUGUUUGUUUGACAAAAGAUUCUGUAAGAAAGAUAAGGCUUUUUUCGAAUGCUGAAAGUUCUGUAGACUGGGUUAUUGGAAAGGAGGAGGAUGUUGAUGAGAGUUUGAUCGACUUUAGGGAUUGUUGUAUAUGGAAAGAUAAGAUAAUUGUUCUCGAUUCAGCUUUUUCUAACGACAAUUGCAUUUUGGCUUAUGAUAUGUUUUCCAGUAAUAAUAAUCAAGGAGAUAUUAUAUCUUUUGGAGAGUACGAACCGGCUAAAUUAGGCCUAGCUAAGCCAUUAACUUUCUGUUAUCCAUGUAGCGUUUGUAGCGUUGAAAAUGAAUUGUUAAUUGUUACGGAUUGCGGUAAUAAAAGACUGCAAGUCUUUACAGCAAUAGAUAAGCCACCACUAAUAGUUAAUUUGGACAUUCAUCCAAAUAUUGUACACUAUUCGUCUUUCAACAGAGAAUUAUACGUAACAGAACACGGUACCUCAAAUAUUAUUGUAUUGUCCAUUAAUUUACCAGGUUACUAAUUGUAUAUCAUGUAUAGCUGUUUCUUUUUGUUUGCUUUAUAUUAUACUCAAUCUCUCUCUCUCUCUCUCUCUCUCUCUCUCUCUCUCUCUCUCUCAGUCUCUGUCCCUCUCUAUAUAUAUUUAUAUAUUGGCAUUGACAUAUUUUGAAUAAGCUCUUGAAUAAAUUUGAAUAAUUAUAUC